CAAACUCAUCUAAAAACAUUUAAAAAGACUGAGCCCACCUCUGCAUUGCCUCUGCACUAUCUGCAUCACUUCCUGCUUCCUGUGCCCCUCCCACCUCACCUUAUUUGGACUCGAGCUCCUGCCCAAUGCCCAAAAGCAGCAAGUCGGUGAAGAGAGGCGACUUGGACGAUGACGCCACAGAGUCUGCCCGUGACCUGCUCUCCAACGAAGACGGCACCGACGAACCCUUUAAGAAGGCCGCACUCAUUGUCAACGGUGACGGACCAGGGGGCAGGGCCAAGGAUGUAGAGGAGGCGGGAUCAGACGAGGAGGAGGAGGAGCGUCCAGCCUGGAACAGUAAACUACAGUAUAUCUUGGCGCAGGUGGGAUUCUCCGUGGGGCUCGGGAAUGUUUGGAGGUUUCCGUAUCUCUGCCAGAAGAAUGGAGGAGGAGCGUACCUGGUCCCAUACUUGAUCCUGCUUAUCCUCAUCGGGAUCCCUCUCUUCUUCCUGGAGCUCGCUGUGGGACAGAGGAUUCGCCGCGGCAGCAUCGGCGUUUGGAAUUACAUCAGCCCCAGACUCGGAGGCAUCGGGUUCGCGAGCUGUGUGGUGUGCUUCUUCGUGGCGCUGUACUACAACGUGAUCAUUGGCUGGAGCCUGUUUUAUUUCUCUCAGUCAUUCCAGCAGCCUCUGCCCUGGCACGAGUGUCCUCUGAUCAAGAACAAGACCUCCACAUAUGUGGUCCCUGAGUGCGAUAAGAGUUCUGCCACCACAUAUUACUGGUACCGCGUGGCUCUGAACAUCUCCGACAACAUCUCUGAGAGUGGAGGACUCAACUGGAAAAUGACCCUGUGUCUGCUGGCUGCAUGGACCAUGGUGUGCCUGGCCAUGAUCAAGGGCAUCCAGUCCUCUGGGAAGGUGAUGUACUUCAGCUCUCUGUUCCCGUACCUGGUCCUCAUCUGUUUCCUGGUCCGAUCUCUGCUCCUCAAAGGAUCUGUGGACGGGAUCAAGCACAUGUUUACUCCACAGAUCGACAUCAUGGCGGACCCUAAGGUGUGGAGGGAGGCAGCGACUCAGGUCUUCUUCGCUCUGGGAUUGGGGUUUGGAGGCGUCAUCGCGUUUUCUAGUUACAACAAACGAGACAAUAACUGCCACUUUGACGCCGUGCUGGUCUCCUUCAUAAACUUCUUCACUUCAGUUCUGGCCACGCUGGUCGUCUUCGCCGUGCUCGGGUUUAAGGCCAACAUCAUGAACGAUAAAUGCAUCGCCACAAACACAAACCGUGUGGUGUCCCUCCUGGGCUCCCGUAUCGAGGCCAGUCUGAUUCCUCACCACAUAAACCUGUCGGCUCCAGAGAGCAUCACUGCAGACGACUAUCACCAGAUCAUCUCUGUUAUAAGAGCUGUGCAAGAGGAGGACUUCAACAAACUGGGGCUGGAAAUGUGCAGCAUCGAGAAGGAACUCAACCAGACUGUUCAGGGCACAGGUCUGGCCUUCAUUGCCUUCACAGAGGCCAUGACGCACUUCCCGGCUUCUCCAUUCUGGUCUGUCAUGUUUUUUCUGAUGCUGGUGAACCUGGGGCUCGGGAGCAUGUUCGGAACUAUCGAGGGAAUUCUCACUCCGCUCAUCGACACCUUCAAAGUCCGCAAGGAGCUGCUCACAGUGGGUUGCUGUGUCCUGGCGUUCUCCAUCGGGCUCCUCUUCGUGCAGAGAUCAGGGAACUACUUUGUUGCCAUGUUUGACGAUUACUCUGCCACUCUGCCUCUGCUCAUCGUGGUGAUCUUGGAGAACGUGGCUGUGGCCUGGGUCUACGGCGUCGACAAGUUCUUUGAGGACCUCCGGGACAUGCUGGGAUUCUCUCCGUACAGAUUUUACUUUUACAUGUGGAAGUUCGUCACUCCGAUCCUGCUCCUGGUUCUGCUCGGGUCCAGCUUCAUCCAACUGGUCAUGACUCCUCCCAGCUACAGCGCCUGGAGCCAGGAGCAGGCGGUGGAGCAGAAGUUGGGUUUUCCUGUGUGGGGCAUUGUGGUGUGCAUCUCUCUGGUCAUCAUGGCGAUCCUUCCCGUUCCCGUGGUUUUCUGCCUCCGCUUCUGUAACAUCAUUGAAGACGGUCCGAGCGGUUUGUCAUCCGUGUCGUACAAAAAAGGCCGGAUAAUCGCGGAGACGCCACAGACCGACGACGCGGACGACGCAAGCCUCAUCCACGGAAAAAGUCCUAGUCAGGAGCCCUCCCCGAUGCCCGGAAUCUACCGCAAACAUGCCACUAACAAUGCUAACAAUGCUAACGCAACAGCAGUUCCCCCAGAGGUCGACAUGGCUCCCAACGGGCGCUACGGCAUCGGCUACCUGAUGGCAGAGGUGCGCGACAUGCCCGAGUCAGACUUGUAAACGCAAAUACAAAAG